AGCUGAUGUAAUGGCAGGACUGCGAAGUUAAGAGACGCUGGAUUUGAUGUUCCUUUAUACUAUUCAAAUUUAUUCCUUAUUACCAUCUGCAGUAUUCUGAAGUUUCUUUGUUGUGUAAAAAUUCAAAAUGAAUCUUCUAGAGCCAACAGAUGAAAUUUCUGCUGAUGUUUUAUUCGCCAAUUUCAACCAAGAUUGCACGUCUCUAGCCAUUGGUUCUAAAAAAGGAUUUAAGCUUUACUCUUUCAAUAAAGUGGAUGAACUGGAAAUAAUCCAUGAAAACACUGCCGAUGACAUCCGCAUCAUUGAAAGACUUUUCUCAUCUAGUCUGGUUGCCAUGGUCACAAUAUCUGCUCCUCGUAAACUGAAAGUGUGCCAUUUCAAGAAAGGAUCUGAAAUCUGUAAUUACAGCUAUUCCAACACAAUUCUAGCGGUGAAGCUCAAUAGAGCGAGGUUAGUGGUUUGCUUGGAGGAGAGUCUUUACAUUCACAACAUUCGAGAUAUGAAGGUGCUGCACACAAUACGAGAUACUCCACCAAAUCCUUCAGGGCUUUGUGUCCUGUCAGUAAGCAAUGAAAACAACUACCUCGCAUAUCCUGGAAGCAGCUCAAUUGGAGAAGUACAAAUUUUUGAUGCUUUUAAUUUGCAAGCUAAGUCCAUGAUUCCAGCCCAUGAUAAUCCUUUAGCAGCAAUGGCCUUUGACCCUACUGGAACAAAGCUAGCUACUGCAUCUGAGAAGGGGACUGUUAUACGAGUGUUCAAUGUUUUAGAUGGCACAAAGUUGUAUGAAUUUCGAAGGGGAGUUAAAAGAUGUGUAAGGAUCUACUCAUUGUCAUUUAGUGAAGAUUCCUCUUUCCUGAUGCGUCAUUACAGAACUAGAACUAUUUUUCUGCAUUGCAUUAAUUAUUUGAUUUAUAGUAAGCCAUCAGAAGAACCACAGAGUUGGAUUGGUUAUUUUGGAAAAGCAAUCAUUCAGUCUGCAAGUUACUUACCUACGCAAGUAGCUGACAUGUUUUGUCAAGGAAGAUCGUUUGCCACAGUCCACCUGCCUUUUUCAGGACUGCGAAACAUCUGUGCUUUAGCCAGCAUUCAGAAAAUACCAAGAGUCUUAGUUGUAUCAGGUGAAGGCAUUUUGUAUAUUUAUAACAUGGAACAAGCUGAAGGUGGUGACUGCACUCUUGUCCAGACACACAAGUAA